GAGAGAUAAAAUCAUAUAUGAACAAAGAGAUGAUUCCCAAAGUCGAAGGACCGGCCGCCGUCGCCGCCGCCCCAGCUGGCGGCGGUACGCGGUGGUGGAAUUCGCCGUUUACGUUCAUCUUCAGUGGUCUGGCUCUCAUGUUGGGAAUCAUACCUGUUGUGUUAAUGCUUUUGGCUUGUUCUUACAUCCGAUCGUCCGAUCAAUCGUCAUUGAACGAUGACUCGAACGAGAAGUUGGAGUUACGCGCUUUUCAUCCGGAGAUGGAUCCCGGAGUUGUCGUGAUUAUGGCAGGAGAAAAGAACCCUACCCACCUCGCUAAACCCGUCGCCACCGCUGUUCGAACACAGAGUGAUCGAGUUUAAUUUGUUUCGUAAUAAUUUUUGUUUUUUUGCAUUUAAAUGUUUGAUUAAUCAUUCGCAAAUGUUUGAUUAAAU